AGGCUGCGUGAAGCGCGUCGCGUGCCGUCCGUGCGCACGAAAAGCCGUGGAUGCGGCUGCUACAAGUCGCGCGACACGACUCCGCCCAUCAUCGGCCUGCUCAAAAUCGUCGAAUCUCUUGGUUCAGCCAGGCUUGGUAUUUGUUGUGGGCAGACACGUUGCGUGGCGCGUCGAGGAAGCAGCAGCGUGAGAUACGUGUGCCGCUGCUCACCCUUUCCAUCCGCCGUGCUCUCCCUCCCCCAAACACCAUCCUCCAAGUUUGGAUUGACAAUCAUGGCGCCUGCAGCUGCUACAGAUCCUACGUACCGCAAGGAUGAGAAGGUUUUCUGCUUCCAUCAUGAGCUGCUCUAUGAGGCCAAGGUCACUGAUGUGAAGCCGAACGAGGGCGACGACCAGAAGAGUGGCUUCCAGUACAAGGUCCACUACAAGGGCUGGAAGAACACCUGGGACGACUGGGUGCCUCAAGAUCGUCUUCGCAAGCUCAACCCGGAGAACCGUGAGCUGGCAAACAGUCUGCGGCACGAGAUGCUCCAAGCUCAGCGUGCCGCUCGCGCGCAGCCCCCGCCCGUCAAGAAGAAGGCGCAAGGCUCGACUCGGGGAAGUGAAGAGCGCCAGACGUCCGUCUCUGCCGCACCCCGAGGCCAGAAGCGCAUGCGUGACCAGGAUCUCGAAAAGGAGGAAACCUUCCAGCAAAAGCGCGCUGUGCGCAUCUACAUGCCAGACCGCUUGAAGAGCCUGCUUGUUGAUGACUGGGAGAACAUCACCAAGAACUUGCAGCUGGUCCAGCUGCCGGCUAACAAGCCAGCUGCCAUCAUCCUGGACGAGUACUUUGCGUUUGCGACCUCCACAGGGAAUCGCAGCAACACCGAAGCCGACAUCCUGGAGGAAGUGAUCCAGGGCCUGAAGGAGUACUUCAACAAGACUCUGGGUCGCCUGCUGCUCUACCGUUUCGAGCGUGAACAGUUCUUCGAUAUUUUGACGCAGACCGAGCAAGCGACGAACGACCUUGCUGGCAAGUCCAUGUCGGAGAUCUACGGCGGCGAGCACCUCUUGCGCCUUUUUGCUUCGAUGCCCGAGCUCAUCGCUCAGACCAACAUGGAUGUCCAGGCUAUCAACCGUCUUCGCGAGGAGCUUAGCGGGAUGACCACGUGGCUGUCCAAGGAACCGCAAGUGAACGCCUUCUUCUCUUCCGUGUACGAGAGCCCUGGGCAGGCGUAUAUUGACAAAGUGAAGAGUAGCACCUGAGCGGCACCGUUUUGUGUUUCUUGUUUUGUCUGUAUCAUCACUUGGGUUGCGCAGUUGUCGACACCGACAUGCCUACUGGACGGCAGCAGCCACGGCGUCAGGCGUAAUCAUAAUACAGUAUCAUUUGUUA